CGCUACGUACGCUUUAUCAGGCGUCUUCCCGCGCGGCCGCCUCCCUGUUCUCUCUGCUCCUCAGAGCUUGCUGUUUCUCCGGCCCUCUUACUUUUUAAUUUUCAGGAGUCGAAUUCACUGCCAUGUCCUCUGAAGAAGGGAAGCUCUUCGUGGGGGGGCUCAACUUCAACACCGACGAGCAGGCGCUGGAAGACCACUUCAGCAGCUUUGGUCCUAUCUCUGAGGUGGUCGUGGUCAAGGACCGGGAGACUCAGCGAUCCCGGGGUUUUGGCUUCAUCACCUUCACCAACCCAGAGCAUGCCUCAGAUGCUAUGAGAGCCAUGAAUGGAGAGUCCCUGGAUGGUCGCCAAAUCCGUGUGGACCAUGCGGGCAAGUCUGCCCGGGGAACCAGAGGGGGUGCCUUUGGGGCCUAUGGGCGUGGUCGCAGCUACUCUAGAGGUGGCGGGGACCAGGGCUAUGGGAGCGGCAGGUAUGACAGUCGACCUGGAGGAUAUGGAUAUGGAUAUGGAUAUGGACAUGGACGGUCCAGAGACUAUAGUGGCAGAAGCCAGGGUGGUUAUGACCGCUAUUCAGGAGGAAAUUACAGAGACAAUUAUGACAAUUGAGAUGAGGCAUGCCCACAUAAUGUAGAUACACAAGGAAUAACACUUCUGAUCCAGGAUCGUCCUUCCAAAUGGCUGUAUUUAUAAAGAUUUUUGGAGCUGCACUGAAACAUCUGUUGUAGUAUCUCGACUUCUAUUUUUGAAUUGAGCUCCCAAGGUUGCUUGUUAAAAAGAUAUUUUAGAAAGUUCCAUGUGUUUUUUAAGAUUUUUUUCUCUUAUGUAAAGACAAAUUCUGGCAUAAGAGUUGGUAUUUUCCUUUUACUAGUUUAGUUUGGGAUCUCAGGAUUAUUGGUUCUGGCAAAAAAAAAAAAAAAAUGUUGGGCCAGACUGAUUUUUUUAAAAAGAUUAAUGUAUAUCUAGGAACAUUUAAAAAACUGUACACAAUAUUUGUUGUGGUUAAGAAGCAGUUUCUGAAUGUACCUAUAAAAAUUUUGCAUCAAGAACAUGAUUGCUUAGAGGUGUUUUUUUACUCAAGAUCACCACCGUAAUUAUAUGUGGAAGAGUGUCUUAAAAAAUGUUCGUGAACAUCAUUUUUAAUACUGGAAGAAAAAUUCUGUUGUGUCUCAUGUAGUGUUUAGGAUGUCCUCCAAGGAGCUGAUUAAAAAAGAUGAAACCUGAGAA